AAAACCCAAAUUCCCUCUCCCUAUCCCAAAACCGACGGAACCCAAAAACCUUUCCCUCUCAAUCCCAAAACCGGCCGACGUAACCCAAAACCUCUCCCUUUCAAUCUCAAAACCGGCGGAAACAAACACCAAAUUCUCGUUCUCUGUUUCUGGGUAGAAAACCCUAGAUCCCCAAAUUCUCAAACACCAAAUCCCAAACCAGAAAACCCUCUCUCUGUUUCUGUUUGGGUUUUGACGAGUUUGAUUGCUCAGCGUGCAUCUGGUUUAAAUGGAGGCAUGUGUCUGAUUUAAAUGGACCUCUUCUUUGGCUAGGGAGGCAUGUAUCUGAUUUAGCUUUGUAGACAGUAUGUUUGUUAGAUUUGUGUCUGAUUCUAGUUAAGAUGUUAUAGUAGGCUCGAGUAGAACUAAAUUGUAGACAAAUCCAGUUCUUCAUUUUUGUAUAAGACUGAUAAUAUUGUGCUUUUCUUCAUUCUAAUGAAUGCAGUGUCAUAAGUUUGUCCACAAAUUGCUAGGAAGUUUUUGGCUAAUGGGAGAACUCAUAAAAGCGUAUCAGAAUUGCUUCUUCUUAUGCGUGAUAUGUUUGCAGUAGAAAUUAGCCUUUAGAUAUUGUGUACAGAUGGACUGCAGUAAGGAGCGAAUGCAACAUUGUCAUACUGUUGGCUACCAUACGUUAUUGCAAGAAACCUUUAUAUAAAGUAGAAACAAAUCACACGGUAUUGCUCGAAUCCUUAGAUAAAGUAGCUGCUCUAGUUUCAAUGUCUUUAUUCUGGUGAGCUCAUGCUGCACGUGCAAAAGGCUAGCUAGUUGGUAGCAGAUCGAUAGUUGCUUAUACCGACUAAAUUUGGCCGCAAUUCACUUUAUCAAAACUCAAAUCCCCUCUUUUGUGCAGUUUUUCAUUUGCCCUACGUAUGAUCAUAACUUCUUAACUUGCCAUAUCAAAUAUUUUUAACCGGAUCAAUCUAUUUUAGCGACGUUGAUUAUCGAUGAUAUAUAAUGAGUGGAAACUACUCAGACAAAUUUGAUUCUUCUUGCUAGUUUUGCUCGGCAGGGAAGAAUGUUCCUUUGUCUUCCACUCUCUGGGCCAGAAACAUAUGCAGAGUUUUUUAAGGGCCUUACUAUCACACCAGAUCAAAAGAAGUUCUUUAAGAAGGCAUUUCAAACAUAUUACGAAGCUGAUAGAUAUAAGCUUUAAUUAUUCAUUUUGUGCAAUGCAGACUUCUAGCUUUCUUGUUUAGGGUUUGUAGACUUAGUUUAAAUUGAGAUUAAUGGUUUGUAGCUUUAUUGUUAGCUAGGUUUGGAUUUGCUGGGAAGAGAAGAGCCGAGUUGUUGGAGCUUGCAUUUAAUGAGAACGGAGGAUGCUGGUUCUGAUUUGCUGAGAGUACUUUCAUUUUCUGGGAAGAGCCAAGAAGAGCUGAGAAUUUUGUUUUGCUUUACUGCUAGUACAUUCAUUGCUGUGAAUUGGGAAAGAGUGGAGCUUUGCGCGUCGGAUGGCUAACCAGUUCUAUAUCCAAUAGUCGACAUUUUCGUGGAGAUUUUGGAGGGAAGUAUAUUGAUUGCCACUUCACCUUGAAGCUUAGAUCUCCACCAUGCAUAUAUUCAAGCAGCUUCUGCCUGACAUAAGCCGAUCAAAUGGUGCCAGAAAGUAUUUUCAAGCAUCAUGCUUUGCCCUUAUACAUUCAUGCCCAAACUCCUCUGUGGAAGUCCAUGCUGAAGAUCAGGAAGUAGUGAUUGCUUUGGGAAGCAAUGUCGGUGACAGACUACGUAAUUGUAAUGAAGCCUUGCAGUUGAUGAAAAAAUCAGGAGUGCAAAUAACAAGACAUGGCUGUUUGUAUGAGACAGCACCUGCCUACGUGACGGAUCAGCCUACUUUUCUAAACUCUGCCGUUAAAGCAGUUACAAAACUUGGGCCACAUGAGCUUUUAGGAGCACUCAAGAGAAUUGAAAAGGACAUGGGUCGUACCCAAGGUAUAAGGUAUGGUCCCCGGCCUAUCGACUUGGAUAUAUUGUUCUAUGGAAAGUUAAGGGUCAGAUCGGAGACUCUUACAAUCCCACAUGAAAGAAUAUGGGAAAGACCGUUUGUGAUAGCCCCAUUAAUGGAUUUGCUGGGAUCGGCUAUUGAAUGUGAUGUGGUUGCUUGUUGGCAUUCUUUCUCCAUGCAUUCUGGUGGGCUUUUCAAGUGUUGGGAGAAGUUGGGUGGUGAUUCGCUCAUCGGAAAGGAAGGCCUCAAGAGGGUUUUACCCAUUGCAAAUGACUUGUGGGACUGGUCAACAAAAACCUCAGUCAUGGGUAUCCUUAAUUUGACUCCAGAUAGUUUUAGCGACGGAGGAAAAUUUGUUUCUGUGGAGACAGCGAUUUCUCAGGUUCGAUUGAUGAUUUUAGAAGGAGCAGAUAUGAUUGAUAUUGGUGCACAGUCAACACGGCCAAUGGCUUCUAGAAUUUCAGUUGAACAAGAAUUAGAUAGACUAAUCCCCGUCCUAGAAGCAGUUGCUAGAAUGCCUGAAGUAGAGGGCAAGCUUAUAUCUGUGGAUACAUUUUAUUCAGAAGUUGCUUCUGAAGCAGUUAGCAAAGGGGCUCAUAUUGUAAAUGAUAUAUCUGCUGGUCAGUUGGACUCUAAAAUGCUUAGUGUUGUUGCAGGCCUUAAGGUACCUUACAUUGCAAUGCAUAUGAGGGGGGAUCCUUUGACAAUGCAGGACAGUGAAAACCUUGAAUAUAAUGAAGUAUGUGAGCAGGUUGCAUCUGAGCUAUUACUGAGAGUGAGAGAUGCGGAAGUAUUAGGCAUCCCAGCUUGGAGGAUAAUCAUUGACCCUGGAAUUGGAUUUGCAAAGAAUACUGAGCAGAAUCUGGAUAUCUUAAUGGGGUUACCGAAUAUUCGAAACGAGAUUGCGAGGAAAAGUUUGGCUUUAUCUCAUGCACCAAUAAUGAUUGGACCUUCCAGAAAGAAAUUCUUAGGUGAUAUAUGUAAUCGCAAGUCUGUGGUUGAGAGGGAUCCUGCUACUGUUGCUUCUGUCACUGCUGGGGUUUUGGGUGGAGCAAAUAUUGUAAGAGUGCACAAUGUGAGGGAUAGCUUGGAUGCUGUAAAGCUAUGUGAUGCAAUGCUGAGACAUAAGAGAUCUUUUCCUCAAAUUAAGAAUGAUUUAUGAGUUCUUUUAAAGGGUUAUGUCGGUUAUACUCUCCCCUGUUUCAAUGUCUGACAUAUAUGAGAUUAUCAUUAUUUUCAUCAAGCUGGUUAAGCUGUCAGUGACCUUUCUUUGCUGGAUUAAGUAAAUGAUUGGAUUAUGAUGUUGAA